GGUCGCUGCGCGGUGACGCAGCAGGAGGAGCUGGGGCGGCGCUUCCCGCCCUUCCUCCUCCUCCUCCUCCGCGCCCGCCGGACGGGGACAGAGCGACGGAGCCGGGGCUCCUCAGCCGCUGUCGGGGCCCGGGGGAGCAGCCGGGCUGCCUCCGGCCAUGGUGGCGCGCUCGUCGCCGGCGGGGCAGGAGCAGGCGCGGCGGCGGCGGCCGCCAUUGCUCGCGGGGGCCGCGGUACUAUGAAGGAUGGAAGCGGACGAGGUGACGAUCCGGGAGCAGAACUUCCACAGCCAAGUGCGGGAGUACACGAUCUGUUUUCUCCUAUUUGCUGUUCUCUACAUCGUUUCCUACUUUAUAAUCACAAGAUACAAAAGGAAAGCAGAUGAGCAAGAGGAUGAAGAUGCCAUUGUUAACAGAAUAUCGCUGUUCUUGAGCACCUUCACUCUAGCAGUUUCAGCUGGUGCAGUCCUGCUUCUACCUUUCUCAAUAAUCAGCAAUGAGAUCCUGCUUUCUUUUCCACAAAACUACUAUAUUCAGUGGUUAAAUGGCUCACUAAUUCAUGGUUUGUGGAAUCUUGCCUCUCUUUUUUCAAAUCUGUGUUUAUUUGUGUUGAUGCCCUUUGCAUUUUUCUUCCUGGAAUCAGAAGGAUUUGCUGGCUUAAAAAAGGGCAUCAGAGCACGGAUUUUGGAAACCCUCGUAAUGCUCAUUCUUCUUGCACUGCUUAUCCUUGGAAUCGUAUGGGUGGCUUCAGCACUCAUAGACAAUGAUGCUGCCAGUAUGGAGUCUUUGUAUGACCUCUGGGAAUUCUACCUCCCAUAUUUAUAUUCCUGUAUAUCACUGAUGGGAUGCUUGUUACUGCUGUUGUGCACGCCAGUGGGGCUCUCAAGGAUGUUUACAGUAAUGGGUCAGUUGCUGGUGAAACCGACGAUCCUGGAAGAUCUAGAUGAGCAGAUGUAUAUCAUCACUUUAGAGGAAGAAGCCAUUCAGAGGAAGCUUAAUGGUGUAUCUUCCACAGUGGAAUACCAGACGGUAGAGUUGGAACGGGAGCUUGAAAAAGUGAGAAGCAAGAAAACAAAUCUAGAACGGAGGAAAAAAGCAUCUGCUUGGGAAAGGAAUUUAGUUUAUCCAGCUGUCAUGAUAUUGCUCCUGACUGAGACAUCCUUUUCAGUUCUUUUAGUCGCUCUCAACAUUCUUUACCUGUUGGUUGAUGAGACUGCAAUGCCCAAGGGAUCAGGGGGACCUGGAAUAGGAAAUGCCUCCUUAUCCACCUUUGGCUUUGUGGGAGCAGCACUUGAAAUCAUUUUGAUUUUCUAUCUUAUGGUAUCUUCUGUCGUCGGCUUCUACAGUCUUCGUUUUUUUGAGAAUUUCACUCCCAGGAAGGAUGACACAACUAUGACAAAGAUAAUUGGAAACUGUGUCUCAAUCUUGGUGCUGAGCUCUGCUUUGCCAGUGAUGUCAAGGACAUUGGGAAUCACCAGAUUUGAUCUCCUUGGAGACUUUGGAAGGUUCAACUGGCUGGGGAACUUCUACAUUGUUUUAUCUUACAACUUGCUCUUUGCUAUCAUGACAACGUUGUGUCUGGUCAGAAAGUUCACGUCUGCUGUGCGAGAAGAGCUCCUGAAGGCAUUAGGAUUAGAUAAACUUCAUCUAUCAAACAAUCCAAGAGACUCGGAGACAAAGCCUUCUGCAAAUGGCCAUCAGAAAACACUGUGAUAACAGUCACCUGCAGUCAGCAGAGCUGAAAACAUCAACCUCAUGGCAUUCCUGUCAUCUCAUCAGCAUUUUUAUAUUGCUUUUAGUUGUUACUUUGGGUUGAGCCUUGUCUCAUUUUGAUGCUGUGUGCUUCUGAGGAAGUUAGGUGUGUCAGAUUCUUCUCUUUCCAGUGAACUUUUGGUCUGCUUGUUUAUUUCCCAGGAAGUUAAUGCAGGAGGUGCCUUGAAGACUGGAAGCUGAAGAGCAAAAUGCAUUCCUUUUUAUUUGUUGACAGUCUCACAUCUUUAUUUUUAGACUUGCUACCAUUUGAAUGCACAGUACCUCCUGUGUUAUACAAACACAGCUAUAAAGAAUAACUUUGGGACUUGAUUUAAAAAAAAAAAAAGAAAAAGAAGAACACAUAUGCUUGAAGGCCAAUAUGACCCUUACUGGAAAUGUAAAGUAGCUGGAGUAGGUACCUGUGACAGGAGACAAACAGCUCUACUGAGAGUGAGUUAAAAAGGACAGGAGAGAUCACAGUGCUGGAUGCAGUAGGCUGUGUCAUGGUGCCUUCUCAGAAGGCCAGUGUUUUCAGCUCUCUGUCCUUAGCUCCAAAAGCCAGCUGGCUUUACUGGUGGUCAAAUGAUGUCUUACAGAAGUCCAAGAUGAAGAUUAACUUCAGUGUUAAAUCUGAGCCUAGUAUGCUUUGUAAAAAGCUGUGUAGACCCUUUGUCACAGCUCUCAGUUCUGUGAGCUGUUGUGCCCUGGAGGUCCCUUCCCCUACCCAAGUCCCCCUGUGAAAUUUUUGAUGAACUACUGUGUGUAAGCAGUACCUGGAAUCAAUGCAAGGAGCACAGGCCUAGGAGGCUGCAGUUGCAGUUUUCUACAAUCUUUAAUUUGAAGUAAAUUUCUCUGAGUUUAUACUUCAGUUACCAGGAUUUCUGUUCAGUGGCAUAACCCAGUUAUCUGUCACUAGCCUGUUUUUUAAUGUACACAUGAAUAUGUAAAUAGGCCUAUAUGUGUAGAUAUCAUAAAUUAAAUUUUAAGGUUGUAGAGAUGACAGUAGGUGGUUUGGUAAGUAAAACACGUGUGUGCAGACUUGGUAGUUUGAAUUUCUGAACUGUUAAACUGCUCAGAGGCCUUAGAUUCAAGAUGGCAUCAGUGGGUGAUAAUGUCCUUUCUUGUAGCAUUUCCUUGCAGCCUUAGGGAUCCUUUAAGCAGUUUAUAGUAAAGAAAAAUACCAAGUAAGUAUUCAAAAUCUGGUUGCACUUUUGUCCUGCUCAGCCACAAGUAAUUUCCAAACAGACUGGAAUGGGGACACCUUCAGUGAGUGCCCUUCAUAUAGGGAGCCAGAAAAUUUUCCUGUUCAUUUCCUAUUUCUGUGAAACGAGUCUGCCUGUCUGUAGUUUGAGGUCUUAUAUUAAUUGGUGACAACUUGGUUUCCAGUGUGGUUCCAAAAUAAGGUAAACCUUGUGUCAGAAACUCUUUGGAUGUUCUCUUGAGAUGACUCCUUUGGGCUGUAGACCUUAUUGCUGUGUGUGUGAAUGUCUGCUUGUUUUUUUUUUUUUUUUUCCCUAAAGUGCUUCAAAAAUCAUGCUCCAGUGCACAUGAGGAUUUAUCUUUUUUCAGCUGCCUUUUCUGACUUGAACUGGGGCAUAAUGUAAAUAUUUCUGUAGUAAAUAUGAUGCUAGAGAAUUACUUUUUUUGUAUGUGUGUGUGUGAUAAGUAUAAAUUCAAGGUUUAUUGAGCUGACUAUUGAUGUGUUGUAUCAAGUCUUGGAAGAAAAAGUAAAAUUACUUGAUUUCACCAAGAUGUACAAGCAUCUUUUCUCUUGUUUAGUGCUGACACUUUAGUGAGAAAUCUUUAUCUGAGUCAAAGUUCUGCAACCAAUAACAGAGAACUAUAAUUAAAAGUUGUUCUAAAAUGAGUUUAUAUUUAAAAUAUUGGGAGAUCUAUUAUUAGGGGCAUCAGUCAGGUAUUCUCAGAGCUUGUAGCCUUAUGUAUUGGCAUCAUAGUUAAAACCCAGUGAAAUAUGUCCACUUUUCCAUGCAAGUCAUUGUAUGACCAAAAUUGCCCUCAUGUCUUAAUGGGGUGGUGAACUGUGGUGUGUGAGGCCAGUUAGCUUUUAGAUAAGAGAUAUUUCUGUUACAAUGCUAAGACAGUUAAUACACUCUGAAGAAAUUAAUAUUAGGAAUGAAUCUAGGAGUAUGAACCAGCAUAGGUCUUGCUCUUUGUGCCUUUGGAGACAUGUUUGUCGUGGCAUCAGUGACCCAAGAACACAGAAAAAGGUGGAUUACAAUGUGUGUGUGGCUUCUGCAAGUGAAUUGGGCAAUUACUUCAACUGAGCAGGGGCAGUUCCUGCCAAAAAGCACCCAAGCUUCAGGCAAGACUUUAAAAUUAUUUUUGCAAAACAAAUGUUAGGGCCUCCACUGUCCCCACCCCUUCUGCUGGAUUCUGCAGGCAGAUGUGUGGGUUAAGGCUAUGUUAGGGAAAACUUUACACUGGACUCUGUGGGAUGGUUGAGGUGCUGUGUGGUUUCCAAGAUGGAUGAGAAAUUCAGAACUACCCUGUGCAACUACUGACAGUGUUGUGUUUUAAAAUCAACUGCUGAUAUUGUGACACUGUCUACAUUAAAAUAUGCCUUUGGCCUUGAAAAUGACGUGCUUAUGCAAAGCUUUGUCACUGCAUGCAAGAUACAGGUCACUGUAUACUUCUCACAGAAUCAUAUGGUCACUUAAGUGCGAGCAACUGGUAAUUCAUUAAUGGAUAUUGACAAUACAUUCCUAGUAUUUUGACUCAUGUAGAGUCAGGUGGUCUAUACCUUCAAGGUAUAUACAGCUGAUCUUAGUAACAUUAACAUCUGCCUCACUUCUUAUGAGGCAAAAAGCACAUCGAUGCUUCCAUCUUCAACUAGAUACCACACAAGACCAAAAAAUAGAUGUAAACUGAGUGUUUUAAGUUAGCUAGUUUUUGGCUUUUUUUCUGUGUUGGUAGCACAAUAUUAAAUGCAAUUGCAGAACUGUAAUAUUUGUGGUAUUUCUGAGCAUAAAGCACACAUGCUUAUCACUUUAAGCUAAAAAAUAGUAGUAUUGGUUACUGUACAAGUAACAGUUUUGCAUUCAUAGGGAGUUUUGUUUACUGUCUGUAACGUGUUGUUUAUCUUUGGCCCUGUUCCUCUGAUACCUUUGACCCUGUUGGCUGUUUUAGUGUCAUAGAAAUGAAAAGAUUUGACAAGUGGUUUUCCUUGUCUGGUUCCCAAGUACCACCUGGAGCGCCAGUGGAGGGAGGGCUGGGCUGCCCUCACAGGCAGGAAGGAGCUCCUGCAGCAGGUGCUUGGCAGGAGGGACAUGGGAGCAGAUCCUGGGGACACAUCCUCCCCUGUGUCACCAGGAGUGUCACAUCUCCCCUGUGUCACCAGGAGUGUCACAUCUCCCCUGUGUCACCAGGAGUGGCGGUUGCCAAGGGACUGCAGCCCCUGUCCAUCCUACCAUGUCUCUGCCACUCACCCUCUGAGGCUGUGCAGCAGCUGAUGCUCCUUGAGGUGCUCCCAUGUGCCCAGUGCUGUGUAGUGAAGACAUGAUGGCCCUUUUCUGUAACAAUUUACAGUCUAAAUUACAAAGGAAUAAGGCAGAAACAGAAAGCAGUUGGCCUCUUCCUGCAUGUGGCUUUCCCUGAGUUCUAGAAGCAUGCUCUAGCUUAUUUCCCAUCUCUUCUUCCUCUCCCAGAAGUGGGGUGGUGGUGUAUGUUCAGCAACUGGGCCUUUCCCUUAGUGGACUGGCAUCUCAAAUUUUGAAAUAACAAUUAUAGGAAAACAGCUAAAUCCUGUUUAAUGUAUUCUCUGAUCUUGAAAAUAGCAUUUUUUUAAAACCAGAGUGAAAUAAUCUAAGCAGAGACAGGACAUUAAGGCCACAUAAAUAACCUCUUCAAAAAGAAAUAUGCUGAGUUUUGUUUUAAAAAGUGUUGAUGUGAACUGUGAAGCUUUAAUUGCUUUAAUGAAAUAAGAUUCCCUACCUCCUAGUGUUAGGAUUUUGUUGUUAUUUUUGUGCUGAGUUGAGACGAUAUUGAUUACACUGACUUCCCUCCCCAACCCAUGAACACUGAAUUUGCUGUUGGUAAGCUGGCAGGUUAUUUCAGUCACAUUGUCAGACUUGAACUUUACAAAAAUGCUACUUUUGAAUUUAUCCCAUUCAGCAAGAGCAAACUGAGGCCACAGCCACCAGCCACACAGUGAUACAACUUCUGCCCCCUUUUCUACCUUGCCCCCUUGAGACAGACAAAACAUGAAAUAGGAGAAGAAUCCAAAUAGAUUUUAUUUAUGCACUGUGAAAAAACAUACCAGAAAGCAACUUUAAUUAAAGGCUUUUGAAAUAUUUCACAAUUGAAGCGCCUAGAACUCUUCUUUCAAAGAGAAAGAAAUGUGUCUCAUUGGUAUACAAAUGUCAAUUGUAUGCUCUCUAAAUGAGCCAAUAAUUCACUGGCACUGAAAAAAAAUUCAUCACUUCUUAAAAUUUCUUUUGUGAUUCACAGUGAAACAGUAUCUUGGACUUUUAUAGAAGCCUGUGGACUUCUGAAGGUAUCUCUGUCUUGGCAACAGAAACCUUAGGAUGCUUGCUAGUUUUGUGCUAACUACCAUAUUUUGUUAGUAACUUUUUAGCUUCAUUUAUUGCUCAUGAAUUUUUGUUUAAUAUACAUAGCAUUAAAUGUUUUAACAAAUACAGAAGGCUACUCCAAACAGUCAAAGAGAUGGUGUGAGAAAUAUCCUGUUAAUUCUGAUAUUCUUGACAUACUGAAUUCCAAGCUAUUUAGCAACUGUAUCUGUAUGAAGGCCUUACAUCAAAUAGAAAUUGGGAAAUCCUAAUUCUUAAAGGCUUUUAGGUAUCUGAAUGUUGAUAUGUAUCUACUUGAGCACUUUGGAAUGCUGCUUCUAGAUGUUUGUUGAUCACUAACCCCAAGCACUGCUGUUGCUUUUCUCCCUACCCCCAUAACAUUGAGUUUUAUAGUCGGCAUCACUGGAUGAAGCUCAUUUCCUGAUCAGGGCUUUAUUUUGCAUUCCUCCUCUAUUCCCUGCUUCCAUAGAUACCAGCUACUGAAAUACUGGGGCACUUGCUUUGAUUUUAAUGGAUUUCUUUUCCCACAUAGAGAGAUAUUCCCUAGUUAGAACUUCUCUUCCACUACAAAAACGUUCACAUUAUGACUUUGUUUUUUACUACUAGAUUCCAUUUAAGCAAUCUUGUCACUAGAGGGUCCUCUAACAAAUUACUCAGAGCUCAAGUCAGUUUGAAUCAUGAGUGAUAGGGUUUAGUCAUGGCAUAUAUUUGUGCUUUUAGCUUCCAGUGGUAUGAGGGUAAGCCCCACUUCUCAGUGAGGGGGACGAGCUGGUUUGGCCACUGGGAGCCCCUGGGGUGGCUGUCACUGCAGGGUGGCUCCUGUUGUGGACCUGCUCUGCAGCUCAUCUGCUGUGGGAUGUGCAGAGAGACCUCCCUCAGUGGGAGGUGGACACAUUUUGUGUCACCUCUCAGCAGGGUCAGGCUGUGAGAGAUGCUUAGGUCAGGCUCUGACCUAAGACCUUCCUCUGGAUUUUUGUAUUUCAUAUGAGCAUAUUUUGGGCCUUCUCUCCUCAUGUGAAUUGAUCAUUCAGAGAAGUGGCAAGGUGGUGAUACCUGUGCAGUGAAUUCAGUGGGUGUUUAAAUGUUUAAGAAGAAAAUUGGCUGGUGCAUGAUUUCCUGUUUCCCCCUAACCAUGAGUUUUUUUCAGUCUGGACCAAAAUUCUUAAGAAUCACAAAAUUUCUCUGAAUACUUUCUCCUCCUUGGCUUUAUAUAACAAAAAAUUUCAGUCACUUUUUUUUUCUUAAAAGUAGCUUUCAAAGUAUUUUUGCCUUAUUUGGUGUGAUUUCUGUUGUUUUAAGGAGAAGUAGAUAGAAAAAUAAGAUACAUUUAGGUAAUGGGAUUUGAAAUCUUGGUGUGUGUGUAUGAAACACAUGUACACAAAAAAGGGCAUAAUUCCUUUCCUGUGGGGUUUGGGCCCAACCCCACAUUACCUAAAUAGAGAUCAUGUGUUGCUCUUGUCUCCACUAAAUUUUGUCUUUAAAAUUCCCAGUGAGGAGACUGAGGAUGCUCUCAGGGUGCUGCUGAUCCCUGAUCCCUGGCACAUGGAAUUGGCUUCAUGUGUGCUUAGGUGGCAUGACCAUAAAAACACAGUUUUGAGCUGACCUGUCCAUGGCUGUUGGUGCUGCUGGCUGGGCUGUGAUGAUGGCAGCAGGUACCUUCACUGUGCACAUUCAGGGGUUCACUGCAGUGUUCCUGCUUAAUAUCACAGUUUACAAAAACAAUUCUAAAUUACGCACAAUCUCUGAACUGUGUGAGGCUGGGAGGUGCUGGAUGGAGCUGGUGGUCCCCUCUUGGUCUGAUUUGUGCUUUAGGAUUUGUAAAUUUCACAGUCUUGAGCAGCUCAAUUUUCUUUCACAUUGUUGUAUCUGACCAAGGUAUAACACAGCUGAAAAAUUGUGCUUUGAGUGUUACUUUAAUCCCAAUAGUUUUUGGUGUAGACACCUUCUCCCCAUCAAAUCCUUCCUGGUUCAUUUUAGGUCAUUCAAAGUUAUGAUUUAUAAUGUUCUCUGUUGUGGGUAUUUUGUUGUGUUACAAAAAAAAAAAAAAAAAAAUCUGCUGCCUUAGCUAGGCUUUUUGUUUUGUUUUGUGGAAAGCAGUGGUAAUAUGUUUUUUUCCUUUGUUUGAAAUGUUACACUGAAUGUUUUGUAGGAAAGUUUUUUUUACUGUGUUUUCAAUAAAGUUAAAGUGUGAUUUAUA